AUGGACAAAUCCGAAAUCAUCCACGAGGAGGUCAUCCCCUCCAAGCCUGGGAAUGGGAUCUCCGGCUCCGGAGCCCCAGGCGACGUCGAGCUCCUUCGAGGCAGCGAUACCAUCCUGAUCCCAACGCCCUCGCAAGACCCUAAAGACCCCCUCAACCUCCCCCCCUACCGCAAAUGGAUCCUCCUAGUCCUCGUCUCCGCAUACAGCUGCACCUCCGUCGUCCUGUGCUCAGGCAUGGGCCCCAUCUUCUCCGUCAUCCAAGCACAGUACCCCGGACAGGAAGACCGCGCAAACGACCUCCUCACAUACCCAACCCUCUUCAUGGGCAUCGGCAACCUAAUCAGCAUGCCCUUUGCGCUGAGCAUCGGCCGCCGACCCGUCUUCCUCGCCUCGAUGGUCCUCCUCGUUGCGACGGGUGUUUGGUGCGCAUGCUCGCAGAGUCUGGGCAGUCACAUCGCCGGCCGGAAUAUCAUGUCCCUGGCCGCUGGGCAGAGCGAGGCUCUUUCCCCCGCGAUCGUGCAGGAGAUCCACUUCCUGCAUGAGCGUGGUCGGAAACUCGCGUGGUUUAUCUUUAUUCAGAACGUGACGGCUGGCGUGUUUUUCGUGGUCUCGACGUAUAUGGUCUCGGCGUGGGGAUGGCGCUGGUGGUAUGGGUUCUUCACGAUCAUGAAUGCGGCGGUCUUUGUGCUCGCUGUUGUGUUUGUCUCCGAGUCGAGGUUUGAUCGCUCGCCUGAGGAUAUGAGGGGAGAGCCGAAGAUUCCUGAAGGAGAGGAACAAUACACGCCCCGAACAUGGCGACACGAUCUCUCGCUCUUCGUUGUCACGCCCCGCUGGAGCAUCAUUCCGACCUUCUACAAACACGUUGCGCAGGGCCUCUGCAUCCCAAUUACACUGUGGCUGCUUCUCCUGAAUGGCGCGUUCCUAGGCGUAUACGUCUUCCAAUCCGCAACCUUCUCGACCAUCCUCCUCGCCCCUCCAUACAGCUUCGCAUUCACAUCCCUCGGCUCCGUCCAGGCCGGCCAGAUCGUCAGCUGCAUCAUCUUCCUCCCGCUGCUCGGGUACGGCAGCGAUCUGACCAUCCGCGCAUUCACAAAGCGCAACAGAGGCCUCUACAGACCCGAGUACCGUCUCCCCGUCAUCGGCAUCCCCGCGCUUGUCGGCGUCAUCUGCGGCAUUAUCUACGGCCAGGCUGGAGCGCACCCGGAGGCCUGGAACGUCAGCGCCAUUGUGGUCGGGUACAAUGCGAGUUUCUUUGCGUUUCUCGGUGCGAAUAUUGUGGGGAUUACGUAUGCUGUUGAUAGCUUCCCGCUGCGUGCGGAGCCGUUUCUCGUUGUUAUUUGUGCGGGGCGUGGGAUUAUCUCGUUUGGUCUUAGUUAUGCUACUCUCCCCGCCGUGCGGAGCAUUGGGUAUGAUAUGACGAUGGUUGUGGAGAUAGUGGUUUGUGCUGCGCUGGCCCUGGUGGCGAUCCCCAUGUUCUUCUUUGGGCCGAGGAUGAGGAGUGCAGUGCAGGGGUGGGUUGGGAAGUGA